AUGUGCGACGCAGCAGCUACGUGCGCACAGUGUAUGCGUCGGUCGUCCCAAGUCGAAAGUCUUGGACUGGGCCAUGGAUUACGACAGACCGACGACCGAAGCAAGACAGCAAGACAGCAAGACAGCAAGACAGCAAGACAGCAAGACAGCAAGACAGCAAGACAGCAAGACAGCAAGACAGCAAGACAGCAAGACAGCAAGACAGCAAGACAGCAAGACAGCAAGACAGCAAGGCAGCAAGGCAGCAGACAGCAAGACAGCAGACAGCAGACGGUAGACGGUAGACGAGCCGUUUUCAACCGGGCCACGAGCUAG